AUGGCGAAUCUCACCUGGGCCUUGGCCAAGUUGGCCCUCCGCCACGAACGACUCUACAGCGCCAUUGAGCAUGAGUGCCAGCAGAAGCUUUGGCACUUCUCUCCCCAAAACUUGGUCAAUGUGGCCUGGGCCUUUGCCAAGGUGUUGCUGGUCCGCCGCAGCUUCUUCGAAGAGCUGGGCACCUGCGCCACGCAGUUGGCUCCCGACUUCAACCCUCAGAACUGCUCCAACGCCGUGUGGGCCUUUGCUGCGGCCAUGGCCAGCGGCCACGGGCCCUUGUUGGCGGCCGUGGCCCAGCGGGCGACUCGCUUAGCACCCGAGCUGGGACCGCAGGACUUGGCGAACCUUUCCUGGGCAUUUGCCAAGCUCAGUCGAAGGGACCAAGCCUUCGAGGAGACCAUGGCCUCUGAGGUCUUGCGCAAGGUGAAGAGCUGCUCGCCACAGCACUUGUCCAUCAUCGCCUACUCUUUUGCACAGAUGAUGGCAGCCUCGGGAGGACGAGAAGGGCCUGAGGAUGGACUGUGUGCACCAUCAGCUGCACGCAUGGUGGAGGUGGUCUUGGACACUGCCUUGCAACGGGUGAGGGAGUUCGACGCCCAGGGGCUAACGAACCUGGCUCAAUCCUUGGCGAAGCUGGAGAUACAAAACGACUCCAUGCUUGAUGCCUUGAUCCAGGAAGCCGGCCCCAAGAUCUCCACCUUUUCCAACCAAGAGCUGGCCAUGCUGGCCUGGGCCACCGCGCGCCUGGGCCGCUUCCAGGGCCGCGCGCUGCGCCUGGUGGCGCAGGCCACGAAACACCGGCUCGGCGAGCUGACGCCGCAGGACGUGAGUGUGUUGGUGUGGUCCUUUGCUCGAAGUGGCAUGUUUGAGGAAGAUCUCGCUGAUGAGGAAGUGGGUGUCAAAGGAAAAAAAGACUCCAACCUCGGGACAGCCAUGCUGAAGACCUUGACGGAGACCAUCCUGCGGCUGAUCCCCGAUCUGACGCCACAGGACCUGUCCACGAUCAUUUGGGGCUACGCCACUCGCGGCGUGGACGACAAUCCCGAGCUCAUCGAAGCCGUGGCCGAUGAGGCAGUCGGAAAGAUGGCGCACUUUGCACCCCAGGAUAUGGCGAAUGUGGCCUGGGGCUUGGCAAAGCUUGGGCUCUUGCAUGAGGAGUUGUUCCAGGUGCUCUCGAAGGACUUGGUCAGGCGGAUCGAUGAGUGUCAGGCGCAACACCUCUCCAUCGCCGCCUGGUCCUUUGCCAAGCUGGGCGCCGCUUCGCCGAAGCUCUUUUGGGCCAUCGGGCAAGCGUUGUCGAUGCGGGCCGAGCAACUGGAUCCCCAAGGUGUGGGAAAUAGCCUUUGGGCAUUUGCUGUUCUGUGCUUUUGGCACGAGCCCUUCGUACAGGCCUUGGGCCGCCGGGCCGUGCGCAGCUUCGGUGAGCUCACUGCACAGGAAAUGGCCAAUGUAGCCUUCGGUCUUCGAACACUCUUGUGCUGGCGCAGGCAAAGCAAGGAUCCUUCUGCUGAGAAUGACGUUGUGGCAGUGGAGAGACUGCUAAGAGACUUCCUGUGUGCAGCGAGCAGCUCCUUUUGUCGUAAGGCCAUGUCCGAGGGCGCGAGCUGGACGGACUUCGCCAACGUGGCCAAGGCCGUGGCGGAGGAGACCCAGGAAACCCAGGAACUGACAGAACUGGAGGCGCACUUCAGAGCCCUGCACUUGGAGCCCUUGUUCAAGGGCCUUGAGCAUUUGCAGCGUGGCGAAGCAAAUGCACUGCAGCAGCUGCAAGAGGUCCUAGAUGAAGCCUCCACUGGUGCAUCCCGAGACGGUCCGGGAGGCGUGCCCCACCUGGGCGAAGUCUACUCGGCGGAGGCCUUGUGCCACCUGGGGUUGAAUCCCCGCUCGGCCGAGGGCGAGCCGCCUUGGUCUCCUGGAGCUCAGGCAGUGCCAGAGUGGAUCGACCAUGCCCGACAACAGUGUCGGGAGAGCAACCGCGUGUGGCAGAUCCCCGCCACGGACAGCGUCAUCGCCCACGUUUGCUGGGAUGUCAGCUACAUGGAGAACACUUGGCGGAACACAGGUCGAGUGUAUCACGCCGCAUCUCAACGUGCACAAGCGCGUGGGGUCGUGGUGCCAAAUGUGGCCAAGCACAUUGAGGAGCUCUUGGCACCGCUGCGGCAGCACCUGCGCCGCGACAGUCACCCCGAGCGUUUGGCCUUGCUGGAGCUCUUGAGCGCCCUCGAAGUGGAGUGCGGCGAGGAGCAAGAGGUCAGCUUGCACGGUCGCUUGCAACGUUGUGAGGGACACGUGCGCAUCUACGUGUCACAGUAUCCAUGCGUGUCCUGCCUCGCGGUCUUUUGCCAGUUCCGACGAUGGUGUCCCCAGAUCCAGAUGGAAGUGGCCUUUGACAAUGCGUGGACCAGCUUUUGCGGGCGACCGAGGAACCGGGUCUGA